CCUCUCUGACUUCUCCGUCGCCUAAACGAUAGCUACUCUAUGGCCUGCACCCCUUCAUUGUUUUUUUUGCGUAAUAUCAUUUAUUCACCAUCAUUGUUUCUCGUCGAGAGCUGAGGUUUCACAUCCCUACAGCCACGCUGGAAUCAUCAUCACAGCUGCCUUCUGAUUGGACGGUCCUCCGGCAGUUACCAGGGGCGUGGAACAAAGUGAAUCUGAAUGGGAAACACCACAUUACUUCUCUUAACGGGCACAUUGACAUUGGUGUGGCGAACGUAUAAAACGACCACGGCUGUGAAUUUGAUGCAAAGACUUUGCGGUGAGAUAACAGUUACGUCUGUGAAAAUAGGCGGAGACGUGCGGCUGCAGAUAGCCCGCUAACAGACACAGCCACCACUGAGAGAGAUACCGGAGGGGCUCGGCGUCGUCUAACAGACAGCUAUCCCUCUGGAGAUAUGGAUGUAAGGUUUUCUAUCCGAAAUUCGUAGACGUUAUUGACACGGGGCUUGUUUUUAAACCGAGGACGAAUUGAGCCUGAAUUUGUAUGUCAUGCUUAGUCGUUAGCCUGUCAGUAUGAGGACAUGCAGAUAGCGCGUUUAGGAGUCCACCUUUUGUCGUGGACUACCCGCUAACGUCGGCUCGUGGCGUGCUGCUGGCGUUAGUUUGCUCCACUUUGCCCCCGUUCUCCCCUCGUAUGACCUGCUCUUCAGUUUGGCUGAACGCGCCGUCUAUGACAUCCGUCGCUGCGAAACGGGCCUUUGCUGAAAAACUGCGUCACCGAGUGGGCGCUGCAGGUAUUCAGCCCCGAAUUGUGGUGGGAAUUAUACCAAUGGCAAAUUCCGCCCGGAUACGUUACUGAUAGUUUUUAAAAUGGAUCCCGGGGAAGAUUCAAACACGGAACCCCCGCAAGGACUCAAUUAUCCAUCCAACUCUCGGUGCGAGCUCAACAUAAAUAUGAAUGAGGGCAUCAGCGACGGGAACGUCAAUAACAUGGACUCGUCCAAACUAGUGAGAGGGGGCAGUGACCCUAGUGCAUACCCUUCCUCCAAUUAUCAGAGGAUCGUGCAUCAGAGAUUCAUCCGGAGAAGUCUAUGGUUCUCUGACUCGGAUGAGCAGGCAUUUGAAGCACCUGAAUGUGACAAUAAGAGCAAACUUCUAAACAUAAACCUGCGCACCAUAGUAGAUCGAACAAGGUUGCCUAGGGCUGAAGUUCAGGAAAGUUCUAGCACUGAGAGUCAAUGUGGACAAAAAGACAACAGUGCAACUGAGAGUGUUGGUGCUGAUGAGGACAAGGAGAAGUGCCCAGAUGCCCUGAACGUCGUCACGUGCAGCGAUGGGUUGAAAGUGGCGGUCAAGGCGUCCAGCGAGGAAAACGAGGAAGAGGCUGAGAUGAAGGCGGUUUCCACCUCACCUGGGGGAAGAUUCCUCAAAUUUGACAUUGAGCUGGGCAGAGGAUCCUUCAAGACGGUCUACAAAGGCCUGGACACAGAGACCUGGGUGGAAGUUGCCUGGUGUGAGCUACAGGACCGUAAGCUGACCAAAGCGGAGCGACAGCGCUUCAAAGAGGAGGCGGAGAUGCUGAAAGGCCUCCAGCAUCCCAACAUCGUCCGCUUUUACGACUUCUGGGAGUCGCCCCAGAAGGGGAAGAAGUGCAUCGUCCUGGUAACGGAGCUCAUGACCUCAGGGACACUUAAAACCUACCUGAAGCGUUUCAAGGUGAUGAAGCCCAAGGUGCUGAGGAGCUGGUGCAGACAGAUCCUGAAGGGCCUCCACUUCCUGCACACCCGGACCCCCCCCAUCAUCCACAGGGACCUCAAGUGUGACAACAUCUUCAUCACUGGUCCCACGGGCUCGGUGAAGAUUGGUGACCUUGGACUUGCUACUCUCAAGAGGGCCUCCUUCGCCAAGAGUGUCAUCGGCACGCCGGAGUUCAUGGCGCCGGAGAUGUACGAGGAGCACUACGACGAGGCGGUGGACGUGUAUGCCUUUGGGAUGUGCAUGCUGGAGAUGGCCACCUCCGAAUACCCGUACUCGGAGUGUCAGAACGCCGCCCAGAUCUACCGCAAAGUCACCAGUGGUGUGAAACCAGCAAGCUACAAUAAGGUCAUGGACCCUGAAAUCAAGGAGAUUAUUGGGGAGUGCAUUUGCCAAAAGAAGGAGGAGCGGUACUCCAUCAAGGACCUGCUGAACCACGCUUUCUUUGCGGAGGACACGGGUGUGAGGGUGGAGCUAGCGGAGGAGGACGAUAGGGAAAAGGCCUCCAUUGCUCUUAAGCUGUGGGUGGAGGACCCUAAGAAGCUCAAAGGAAAGUACAAGGAGACCGGCGCGAUAGAGUUCUCCUUCGACCUGGAGAAGGACGUUCCAGAAGUGGUGGCGCAAGAGAUGGUGGAGUCCGGCUUCUUCCAGGACAACGACGUGAAGACGGUGGGCAAGUCGAUCCGGGACCGCGUGGCGCUGAUCAAGUGGAGGCGCGGGCGGACGGUGUCCGUCGCCGUCCCCGCAGACCAGGGCGACGCGGCCUCCGCGGCCCAGACCGCCCCGGCGGCGGGCCUCUCGUCCGGGGCCACGAACGCAGGGCCGCCCCCUCUGCAGGAACCGGAGGAGGCUGAGGCAGACCAACACAGCCGGCUGGGUAACCUACCAGCCAGCGCCACCUCUGUGGCGUCAGACUGCACCUUCGACAGCGGCCUGGGCUCGGCGGUGUACUCUGACUCCCACAGCAGCCAGCAGAGUGUCCUCUACCAGUCCCUGCAGGAGCCCGUCACCAUGGUUACACAGCAGUGCCAGAGCAUUGGUUCACACCGGUCCUCUGAGCGGCCACGCUCUUGUGAGCGAGGGCAAGUCUGGCAAGGGCCUCUGGAUCCAGAGUUCACCAGGUCCGUGGCACGUCGAGGAAGUGCCUCCGUCAUUGACACUCUUAGGGCCAACCAGAUCGCCCAGCUGCACGCCCUGCUCGAUGCCCAGAACAAGAGAUCAAUAAGUCCGACCUUCUCAGUGUCUGGGAGCCAUAGCGAGCUCAGCUCCAAUGACUCCGAAGCCGAGGACGGCUUCCCCGGCCAUCCAACUCCUUCGCAGCCGACGUGGCUCCCCCCUGGCCUCCAGCGCUCAGAGUCCCGUCGCCACAGCGACACUUCCACGGUGCACCUCGGUGGCGGGACGGAUGUGUCCGCCGUCGCUUCCGGCCGUAGACACUCGGACCUCAGCAGCCUGCUCAGUGUACACUCCCAACAUCAGCUCCAGCAGCAAAUGGGAGGCCGCAUGUGCCCCGUCUGCCUCCAUUUGUUGAUGCUCAGGUCUCAAGAGGCAGGCCGGCCCAGCCCGUCUUACGGCGUGCCAGCGCACCACUGUCUGUGCGCCCUGCAGCGGCCGCAGCACCAGAACCCCUGUGGGACGCCGGCCCCUUUGGGCACGGGGGGGCCCAAAGAGCACAGCGAUUGCUCAGACUUCUCUGUUCUUCAGCAGUCCUUGCUCAACAUCAUCAGCCGCAAGUCCGCCCCCAGUCAUGUCACGGCCUGCCACGUCAGACCCCUGCUGCACCCAUCGGCGGCCAGCAGGCCCGUCCAAAGCUACGGAGACGGCAGCCUCAAGAUCCACUCCUCCAGCGGCACGCGUCCACAGGACCGCAGAGCCAGCUACUGUUGUGGAGAGUCUCAGUUCAGCUGGGCGGUAGGAGUGCUCAAUCCAACGGGAGUCCACAACCAACCCCCUCCCCAGGUCCUUCCACCCUCGGGUCUGGCUGGACACGCCCAUCUGCAGUACCUCCAGCUGGGGCAGAGCUACCCCGCUGCCAACGUCCAGCAUGCGGCUAACUUCUCGGCUCAGAAUUCGGCAUCGCCGGUUCCUCAACAAGUUGCCCAGAGUUACCCAGCAGCGCCUCAACAUCAGCAAUGUCAAUCAGCCCAGGGCUACUCUGAUCCGACUCAGCAACAAAACGCAGCGAUGUUCUCCAUGCAUGUUCAGCAGUCCCUGUCGGGCGCCGGAGAAUCGACUAGCACACCUCCACAGCCGCUAUCAAACGGUUACCCAGCUAGCUCUCUGGCUGCCCCUGCCCAGUGUCUCCCCAGCCUGUCACCAGGCAUCGCACCGCAGAGCUGCACCACACCGGCCCUUUACAACCAACAGCUCCCACUUCAACCACAGCAGCAGCAGCACUUGCAGCACAUACAGCAAGCCAGCGUCCAGCAAACGCAGCAGGGGCAUGUUCCAUCUCAAGGUCCACAUGGCCAACAAAGCAUGCAUGCCCUUCAACAACAACAACAGCAACAACAACAACAGCACAUCAGUAAUCAGCAGCCUAGCCUUCAGUCUCAACAGGCUUCAUUUCAACCGCAAGCUGCAGCAGCACUGCAUCCGCCGUCGGCUGUUCAGCACCAGAGCCUUCACCCCUCCCAACAGGUUCCAACCCCGGCCUCUCAGCUCUACUCCACGGCAACCUCCCCCAUGCCACAAGCCCCCGCGGGUUACCCAGCCGCAGGCAAGCCCGACUCCGGCCCUCAGACCCACUAUGCGCCGGCGUACUUCAUGGCACCGGGACAGACCUUCCUGCCUGGCCCUCAAAAGGCCACUGUUCAGCAAGGAACACCCCAGAACCUACCGGCCUCUGCCCAGCAUACCCAGGCGGCAGUCAGCCCACAACAGUUCGUCCCUUAUCUCAAAAUGGCUGCUUUCCUGAAUCAGAAUGUUCCUGCUGGUCAUUGCGUUCCUCAGCACGAACAAAAUGGACAGACCCUCAACCAAUCAAACUUGAGUGCGAUUCCACAUGCAUUGCCACCUCAACAGCCAGUUGCUCAGGUCGCUACCCAACAGCAACUUGCACACCUGCAGAUUUCCAACCCGGCACAUCCACCCCAGCAUUCUCCCCAGCCGCCCUCCUCGUACCCGGCCAUCCAGGUGAUGACGGCUGCCGGCGAGCCCUGCCGCACUCUGCCCUGCGCCGCCCCGCCGUUCUACCCCUCCCCUGCCUCGCUCGCUCCUAUCUUCCUCUCUCACAGCCCGCCUUUCCCCCCUGCCUCGUCACUCUCCCCCCUGCACGGCGAGGGCACUCUGGCGCCCGUCACGCCCGGGCACCUGAUCCCGUCCCCCGGGCUCAGCAUGCAAGUGCCCGUACCCUCAGUGCACCAAUGCGCAUCGGUAGCCGGCCUCGAAGCUCUCCACGCGCAGCCUGUGAUAGUCACAGCAACCCUCGGCACACACAUCACACACUGUGCACACGCACAGCUGCCCCCGCCCGCCGGCACCGAGCCCCUGAAACAGGCUCAGCAGCCCGUCCAGCCAGGCCACAAAGACCCCAUCCCCACGGCUCAGCUGGUCCAGGUGGCCCCACCCAUCCAACACACGCAGAGAGAACAGUCGGCCGUCUUCGUUCCACCUGUGCAGAGUGGGCCGUGCUUUGGCACCACUGCAGCGAGCGACCGGCAGGAUCCCAACCAGAACCCCUGCCAAGUCCCUCUACAGGGGCAAGCCCAGCACCAGGCACAGAGCCAGGCUGCAGCGCCGCAGCCCCCCCCCCUCCUCCUCCUCCUCCUCCGCAGAGAGAGCCUUGUCAGGACCCACGAGUUCCGGUGCCACCGUGACUCAGCAGAUACCGACGUCGGCCCGGGUACCUUGGGUCAGGGCCAGACGGAGAGCAAGCUUGAGGAUCAGGUGGUCGAGAAGCCGACGGCAGGACAGAGUUAUGACAGUGUGAACUCAGACGCCACCUCUGGGAAGGAGAUGAGCGACGGCUGUGAGGGGACGCACGGCGGCAAAGGAGAGUGCAAGGUCCGCAAGCACCACCGCAGGUCCACACGCACGCGCGCGCGCCAGGAGAAGAUCAACAGGCCCAAACUCACCAUGCUCAACGUUUGUAACACGGGGGACAAGAUGGUUGAAUGUCAGCUAGAGACCCACAACCACAAAAUGGUGACGUUCAAGUUUGACCUGGAUGGAGACGCACCAGAGGAGAUCGCCACUUACAUGGUGGAGAACGAUUUCAUCCUCCUGCUGGAGAAGGAGGCCUUCAUCGAGCAGCUGAAGGACAUCGUGGACAAGGCGGAGGACAUGCUGAGCGAGGACACGGAGGGAGAGCGGAGCUCGGACCAGGGCGGAAGCCCCCAGCAGAGCCAGGGUCCUGGGACCCUCAUGACCUCCGAGGGCUCGAAGGCCACUACGCCACACACACCUCAACAAGUCUAUCAGCAAAAUGUGCUUCACACGGGCAAGCGGUGGUUCAUUAUCUGCCCGGUGGCUGAAACGCCCACGACGCCCAAGGAGAAGCCCUCAUCUCAAAGCACCACAAGCCAAAGGUACAAGCAGUCUGAAAGGGCUGGCGCUUCUUUAGUCUCCUCCAGCGGCAGCAGUUCCACCACCACCACCACUGCAGCCCCGGCUCCGUCCUCGGCGCCUUCUAUCCCCUCUCCCCCUGCUGCUCAGAGCUCAGCACCGCCCCAGGACCCCACUGUUGGCGAGGCUCGAGUGAAGCAGACGCAGCCCUGCAGUACCACACAUAAUCUCCCCAGCGUCAACCACCACAACUCCCUCCCUGUAGAUGAGCACUGCAUCUCCCUGGUCACGGACAUACCGUGCUGCCCGAUCGCUCCGCCUAUGUCUCUGGAUGUGAUGAUGGACCAAAAGGCUGCGGCCGGUGGCCUGGCCUCCUCGGCGCACAAUCAGACCAAUCCCAAGCCCAGUCCUACCGGAGACCCACCCCCUCCGCUGGGCUCCCAGCAGCCGGUGGUCCUGCAGCAGCCGUACGCCACCCCCAUCCAGCCGGGGGCCGUGACCUCGCAGCCCCAGAGCCCGGCACACCAGAGCUCCCAGCUGGGCCAGACCUCCGGCCAGCAGCAGCAGCCCGGCGCCCCCGGUGAAUCGGACAGCGAAAUGCCCCGAAGGGUGGAGUUCGUCGACCGCACCAUCAAGACCCUGGACGAGAAGUUGCGGAACCUUCUGUACCAGGAGCACGCCCCCACCCCAGCCCCGAGCAACACCUCUGACUCACAGGGCUCUGCCGGCACCGAGGGCACCAGCUCCACACCAGUGUCUGACGGCCAGAGCUGCGACAUAGCGCUCAACAAGAAGAAGGGGAUGCUCUGCCCCAGAUUCCUGAGCGAUCAGAAAUGGUGGGUGCCCAGACAGACUCUGCAGUGCAAGCCACUGAAGCAUUACCCAGGACGUGUUUGUCAAAAUGAUUCACCAACCAAAGUCGUUUCCAAGAAUACAUUAAAAGAUCGUUUUAUUUUGUCAUGUUUUUUUCCUCAGAUCGUCCCCACCCCUCCAGAUGUAAUCUGUGGUCUAGAGAAAGGCAGAAAGAGCCACAAGCUCCUGCAGUUCACCAAGUGCCCUCUAGUGGCUCCGGAGGGUAUCGUGCCCACACCCAAGGCUCGGACAACCGGAGAAGGGCUCCCUGGCCCUGGGCAGGUUCUCUGUGACCACUGCGGCACUGGAGGACGGGGCCGUGAAAAACGGCCAAACCUCCAGCGAGUAAACCGUUACUCCGCCCCUCCAGACCUCUACCAGGACCCCCCCGCCCCCUCCAGCCCCGACGUCACCCCCGUCCACCUCCCCUACGCCAAGGCUGUGGACGGCCCCGGCCGGCCCUACUCGGACUCGGCCGACGACGACAGCAGCAGCGUGGCCCCCCCGGCCACCCGCCCAACCCCGCCCUCUAAGGCGUCGUCGGAGCACGGCGGUGGCGACCUCAUGAAGCGGGCGGUGGCGUUCCUGCGUCGCUCGGGCCACAGCAGCAGCAGCACGGUCCACAGCUCGGACUCGCCUGGCCGCCAGCCCGUGGUUGAUGAACGCCACGUCCCCUCGCCCGCCGCGCCCUCGUCCUACAUGAGCAGCGACAAUGACUCUGAGUUCGAAGGCGCGGACAUGAAGAAGGAGCUGCAGAAACUGAGGGAGAAACACAUGAAGGAGAUCUCGGAGCUCAAGGCCUUCCAGAGGAACGAGAUAGAGCGGUUGUACACUGAGCUGGGAAGACCCUGCCCCCAAGUGUGGGGACUGCUCCACGCAGCGCCCCCCAGUGGCCGCAGACGCAGCAGCAAGCACAAGCUGAAGGCCGGGAAGCUGCUCAAUCCCAGUCAGCAGCUCAAGAACAACCUCAACACUGGGUCCCCUCCUCCUCCUCCCUCUGGUUCUAUCCAGGUGAAGCACGGCCAGCUCAAUCUGGUCUCGCCCGCCAAAAGCUCUGUCCUGUCGGAUGGCUCGCUGCGCUCCAGCGGCGGGGGCAGCAGCAGCAGCAGCUCUGCGACGGGGCCCGCCGCUGCCACGGAGCAGGUGCUGACCCAGCAGCCCUGGUCGGUCAAGGGCUCCCUCUCCUCGGACAACAUCUACGCUGGGCUUCAAGGCGACGGCGUGGCGCCCCAUGCGGGCCCCGGCCAAGGCUGGACGGUAUACCACCAAACGUCCGAGAGGAGUGACCUAUAAUCUAGUAGCAAACCGCGCACUAGAUUCCUCAGUGGACCCGUGUCUCUGUCCAUUGUUUUCACCGGCCCAUACACCCUUCUAUUCUUCUAUUCUUCUUCUCUCUCCCCGGUUGAUUUGGUAGCUGUGUGUGGCUUUCAGGGAGCUUGUCCCGAGUCCUGGCCUAACUGUUUCUGUCUUGUGCUGUUCUGCUCCUUCAUAGGGUCCACUCUGAAACGACUUUGUCUAGGCAAAGAGCGCAGUAGUAGGUCAUCUCAAAGCACACCCGUCGCUCAGACGGCCUCCAAUCAGACCCAGCCCUUCGUCUCAGCCAUUCCCUCUCAGUCCCCUCAGCCAAUCACGGGGCAAGCUAGGAUCCAGAGCAACAACAGCAACAACAACAACAAGAAGGGUACCUUCACAGAAGACCUUCACAGACUGGUAGACGAUUGGACGAAGGAGACUUUAGCCAGCGCCCACCAGCCGCGGCCCUCCCUGAACCAGAUCAAAGAGCAGACCCGCCGGCAGGACCUGGGAGGCCAAAGCAAAGCCAUCGGACCGGCCGCAAACGAGGUAUCUGCCGCGGAGAGGCAUAAUCGGGGACAGAAGAGAUUUGGGAACAAUCGUUGAACUGCCCUGAGAUCCGUGCCAUUUUGAUGCGAUUAUGACUCAGGAAAGUGCACAGUUUCAAGGUCAUUUUUUUUAAACUUCCCUUUUUGUUCCCAGGUAAGAUUGCCCUACGGCUGCUAACCAAGCUGCAGCUGCGUCUGUCCUGCCCUCUGUCCACCGCUUUAUGCCCUCCUAGACCCACAGCUCUAGGUCCCAGCGCCUCCGUGUUUCCCCCCGGUUACAUCAUGCCGGUGGGCCACGUCGGAGGGCCUCUGCCCGGGCCCAUCUACGCCCAGCAGUGGGUCCGGCAUGCCGAGCCCCGUGGGGGCCGUCGGGCUGCUAGGCGUCGCCGGAGUGAUGCCCUAUGUUGCCAUAGCAACCCCGACGGUCCAGGCUUUCCCCUCUCAUCCUCCACCAUCCUGACAAUGCCGUGUGUACCAACAGCAACCGGACGAUGUGAAGGGUUGUAUCUUCAGUUUUCCUCCCCCCGCCCAUGCUAAAGAGAUCCCUGGUGGUCGCAGCCAAGCAGGGGAACACCAGUACAGUGUCUACAGGAGCGGUUACUCUUGAUCCAUUACACUCUGACUCUUGGGUCGCCAGAGACACGCACACACAGAGCGUGUCCACAAUGUGUGCUCCUACUGUAAAUAAUUCUGUCCAAGUGUUGAUAUCUUUAUAAAACGCCUAUAGUUGACGUGAGUAUGUAUGUUUGUAUAGUAUAUAUGUUAACGUAUGCGUGUCUUAAUACUUCAAGGCUUUGGUUUUGUCUAGCUUAAAGCCAUACUGCAUAUACAACACGCCGUCACAAUGAGACGUUUCUCGAUACAAUUCAUUUGCUGCUGAUUCCAGUGUUUUUUUUUUUUGCCUUUUCAAUUUCUGUCCACUUUAAAACACUACAUUUGAAUCCAAACAGGGGGGCUUGAGAAGAAGGAACAGUAUUUAUGACAAUGUCGAAAGGAAUGUAGUGCCUUGAACAUAGCUUUUUUUCUGUGAAGCAAAGCACGUCCGCAUAUAAGUAAUUUUUAUUUUCAUGGUGGCCUGAGUGCUACUUGUUUUUAAUGCAUUGCAGACACUUUUUUUGUUGUUGGUUUACAUAUGAAUGCCCUUGUAGAAAUGCACUAUUAACACAGUAUAUGCUCUUAUUUAAGUAAUAAAAGUCCUGUUUUAUCCUCAUUUACGCUCCCUACCUGUGAAGGCAACACAACGCCAUAAUGGUGACAUGUCUGUCCGCCUUGCAGAAACGGUAUAUCUAAAGCUGAGGUACUAGAAGAGAUGAGACUAACCAAGCCAGCAGCCAAACUACACUUUAUCAGGUCAAACGGUUCAUUUGGACACAGCCUCGUGAAUAGCAUGACUAAAUUGCGAAAGGAGUGUGGGAGAGUUGUCCUAGCUUUUUGCUGGAAAUGGUUGGGUCGUCGGUGUGUCCAGAGCCAUGUAUACUGUACAAAGUCCUCUAUAUAGACCUCUGGUAGUGUCCCAAUCAGAAUGUAGCAGUUUAACAUGAUAACUGGGUUUCUGAGGCUUUAAAGUGCAAUUUUCUAAACCCCGUGCAAAGCUUUGACAGUGGCCUUGCCACAAGCCUUAUCCCCCACCCCAUAUGUGUAACUGGAGCUGGCUGCAAAGUUGAUCCGAAGUUACGAACCACAAGACAAACAUGAAAUCCUUACUUUCAACACUGUCCUAUAUAUGUUUAAUGUGUAAAAUUAUUUGGUGCAAUCUUUGUUUAGUGUUCUUGUAUUGUGAAACAUUUUUGACGCUGCUAUUGUGAUGUAUGGAUGAAGAACUAGGAUAGAUGGUACUUAAAGAACUUCAAAAUUCCUCUGCGAUGAGAUGUUGAAGAAGCAGUAUUAUUGCCUUGUGUGAAAAACAAUUAUGCAUUAUUUCCCUUUUUUCUUUUCAUAUUACAUUCUACUUUUAAAUUCCCUUGUGUGAAAUGCUAAACUCUGACUCCAAUAUGGGAUAUUUGCACAACAGAACACGAUCUUCCCACUUAUUACAUGUGGUUAGGGGUUUCAAAUAUGAUCUGGGUGUACUUUACAUCACUGAGCAUGGCUUUACUGUGUUAGUUUUAUCCUCCCAGCAAUGGUUAACGUUACAGCUACUGUGGUGUAAAAUUAAAUUUUCCUUUACACUAUUCCAAUGUUACAGCACACCAACCCUGCCAAGCUGUGAAUUGUACAGUUUUCUUUGUAUUUAUGUGUGGGAAGAGCGGGGGAAGUAUUGAUGGAUAGUAUUUCAUCAAUUCGGUUUGAAUGGGACUUUUAUAGAUCAUUAUGUCUUCUGCUUUGGUUAAAGACUUCCAGUAGUAAGAGAUUUCUGUUCUCUGUAACUUGUUUCUGGUACAAAUUUCUCCUCCCAGACUGUUGACUAUUGUCGUCAGCCGGUGAGGGAUACACACUGUUUGAAUACUCGCCGUGAUGGAGGGUUGAGUACACAUGGACGCACAAAAUGUACAGAUCUGUGCCCACAGUGCUUUCAUCAAAUUUCUUUCGCAACAACACUACCCUCUAGUGAAUAUGCGCUGAUUGUCUAAACGCUUGCAUUUAAGCUCUGGUCUGCUGUAUCUCCCACUGCAUUACCCGAUCCAACCUGUCAGCUGCACUCUAAUCACUAAGACGGUACAUGUGUGAGAGAAAUAAAAUUAUUUUGAGCUUGA